ACUAUUCGGAAGCACGAAACCUACAACAACGAAGCGCGUGCGGUGGGCGAUUUCUCGGCGAAGUACACGCCGAUCAUCAUUGCAGCGCUCUUCCACGGUGUUCUUUUAAUCUAUCGCGUUCUUGUCGCGUCGCUAACAACCCUGGCCCUUAAUAUGGAAAGCGGAACAUCAACGCGGAGACGUCAUGGGAUCUCGCGCGGAAUGAAAAGGACAGAACGCAAGAAAAUUGAAUCGUGGAUAUAUAAUUUGGGGUAGCAAUGCGGUACGACGUGACAUUUGCACAUAGUCAAAACGCUGAAACUUCUACUACCCCAUAUUCUGAUCGCCUGGCAUCGCUUCACUUCGACGCACAGAAAUCCGACCGAUUGCAAUAUGAGAUUCCUCUCGCUGCUAUCACCAGCGCUCCUGGCAGCGACUGUAUAUGCCGCCGAAGACGCCUCAUCCUCAUCCUCAUCCUCCACACCUCCAGCCGCAGCCUCUCCAGCAGCUGACGAGCCAACUCCUGUAGGCGCACUCUGGACCGCACAAUGGGACAGCAACACCCUAAAACCCUAUACCCAACACUGCCGCAACAAAAACACCUACAAUGCCAAAAUCUACAAGCUCAAUGAGCUGUAUCCUGAUCUAAAAGAGCAAGCACCCCAACUCAAAGUGUUUUACAACAAGCAACUUUACGCCGGCUCCUGGGCGGGCAUCGACGUCCACGGUACCGGGCGUGAACUCAUCAAGAUGAAUAUGGCAGACAUGCCGUACAAAGUACGAGAGUGGCUCAAGCGCGAGUCGCUACAACGACACUACAGCGUCCAGGACGAUAUGGUUUUCUUCGCACCAGGGGCGAUUUACCCGAUACUCCCUUUGUGGGUUGACGAUGCUGACGAGGGUGGAGAGGAGUGUGAGGGUGUGUUUGAUGGUCUAGAGAACUACUCGAACGAACCGAAGGACGGGGCUGUGAUUGGGAAGAUCAGUCAUACGAACACGGGAGAUAAGGAAGUAAAGUUCACAGUCGAGGCGUUGAAGGUGAAGGCUAAAGACGGAAGAGACGAGCUGUGAAACAUUACUUGACGUUCACUUUCUUCACUGCUACUACUCUCAAGAAUUUAUGUUACUAUAUCAUUUACAAUUUUCAUGUUUUGUUACCAUCGCAUCACUAUCGAGCAUCGUUAGAUUACUUUUUUGAUACCAAAGGCUAUAC